CCAGCAUCAUACCACGUCAUCGGCUUUGCAUCCUAUCAGUUUCGUCGGGCCUUGGAGAGAGUGGCCAAAUUUCGACCGCGAGAUAAAGAACUUCCAUACAAAUCAAGGUGGUCGAGAACUGUGAUCGACCACAAGUUAGUCUCGCGGGAUCUCCACCGCGAGAAGGUGCAGGUCGGCGACGAACAUGGUGUCCAAAGCCGUUUCCAACAAUCGGUAGGGCAGAUGGUUGGAGAGGCCCUGGAGGCCCAGCAUAUCGAUAUAAGUUUCAGGGAUUUCAAAACUUCGGGUGUUGCUUACAAUAAUGUCCCGGACGUUGCCCUCAUCGCAACAAACCCGUCCAUCCACCCUAAGCCCAAAGCUAUAGGAGAGCUCCUAGCGCAGCCAAUUCAGUACAUGGUGAAACUCGACGCUAAGUACGGAUGGAUCCCAACAUAUGACGAGUCGAUAUUUAUCCGCCAGGUAUAUGACAACAAUUCCUGGAGAAUAGAGUAUUCCCCUGUCAUUGCAGAUUACCUGGUUUGUCAUGUCAUAAUGAUUGAAGCCAAACAAGUAGGCGGGGAUGGCCAUGGCCAACCUUUGGCAUAUAUGGCUAUGGUACAGGCAAACCGGAAGAAACGUGGGCAGUCGGACUGGACCGUUUAUGGGGUGCUUAGCGACGGGGAGAUCUUCACGUUCUACCACUUGGAUAUGAAGAGUCAGUUUACGCUUGCUUUCCUGCAGGUGCAAUGUGAGGGGUGGCAAAAAAUUGCCAAUAUGCUCGCUUCCUUCAUCCUUGAAGGAAUGAAAACUUGUGCUUCGCCUAUACGAUCAAGUUUGGCGAGCGAUCCUUCUCCUCGGAACUCUCACCAGCAGCCGUCACCUAAACUUCCUCCGCUUGAUACUCUUCCAUCAAUUGAAGACAUGAUGGAGAUGGGGAUGGAAUGA